CAGAAAUCCUCGGCCAUGGUGGGGAGCGUGGGCAACGGGGCGGCGGAUCUGGGCGCGCCCUCCAUCGCGAACGGCAACGGCAAGGCGCCGCACCUGGAGGAGCCGGCGGCGGCGGUGGCGCUCCCGAUGGAGAUGGAGCCGGAGAUGGUGGAGGGGGAGGGCAAGCGGGAGGUCGUCAUGGGGAGGAACAUGCACACCGCCUGCUUCGCCGUCAAGGAGCCCGACGCCGACGACGACGAGACCGGCGAGCGCGAGGCCACCAUGGCCAGCGUACUCGCGCUCUACCGCAGAUCGCUCGUCGAGCGCACAAAGCACCACCUCGGUUACCCAUACAAUUUGGAUUUCGAUUAUGGUGCACUUGCCCAGCUGCAGCACUUCUCCAUCAACAACCUUGGUGACCCCUUCAUCGAGAGCAACUAUGGUGUCCAUUCCAGGCAGUUUGAGGUGGGAGUAUUGGAUUGGUUUGCUCGACUCUGGGAAUUAGAGAAGGAUGAGUACUGGGGAUACAUUACAAACUGUGGAACAGAAGGAAACCUGCAUGGUAUUCUUGUCGGGAGAGAGGUAUUCCCUGAUGGAAUCCUGUACGCCUCUCGUGAGUCUCACUAUUCAAUAUUCAAAGCAGCAAGAAUGUACAGGAUGGAAUGUGUCAAGGUGGACACCCAUAUUUCUGGAGAAAUAGAUUGUUCUGAUUUUGAGAGAAAGCUGAUGCAAAACAAAGAUAAACCUGCCAUUAUAAAUGUCAACAUUGGAACAACCGUGAAGGGAGCAGUUGAUGAUCUUGACCUGGUUAUUAAGACCCUUGAAGAAAGUGGCUUUAAAGACCGGUUUUAUAUCCAUUGUGAUGGCGCCCUUUUUGGGUUGAUGAUACCCUUUGUUAAAAAGGCAGCUAAAGUGACAUUUAAGAAACCUAUUGGGAGCGUGAGUGUCUCCGGCCACAAGUUUGUUGGAUGCCCCAUGCCAUGUGGUGUUCAGGUAACAAGAUUGAAGCACAUAAAUGCCCUUUCUAGCAAUGUGGAAUAUCUUGCAUCAAGGGACGCAACAAUCAUGGGAAGCAGGAAUGGCCAUGCUCCUAUCUUCCUCUGGUAUACCCUGAAUCGGAAAGGCUAUAGGGGCUUUCAGAAGGAAGUCCAGAAGUGCUUGAGAAACGCACACUAUUUGAAAGAUCGUCUCAACGCAGCAGGAAUCGGCGCCAUGCUUAACGAGCUCAGUAGCACAGUAGUGUUUGAAAGGCCAAAGGAUGAGGAAUUCGUCCGAAGGUGGCAGCUCGCAUGUGAGGGAAACAUAGCUCAUGUCGUGGUGAUGCCCAGUGUCAACAUUGAUAAGCUGGACUACUUCCUGCGCGAGCUAGUGGAGAAGCGGGCGGUCUGGUACAAGGAUGGGAUUUCUCAGCCUCCUUGUAUUGCUAGAGACGUAGGUCAGGAGAGCUGCUUCUGUAGCCUUCACAAGAAGUGAGUUUACUACAAGGGACUUCAGUCGCGAAUUGAGAUAGUAUUUCUAGUGUGUUUUGUUGUACCGAUGUCACCUGUAUGUAAUAAUGCGUUAUGCAAUGUAGCCUAUCUGUUGUUGUGAAGAAACUAAGUUAUAUUAAUGGAUGGAGUUUGCAUCA